GCUUGAAAAUGCAUUCAAGUAACUUGCUGUCGCCCUUCCGCAUAGUGCGGUCCUAUUAUCCUGUGACGCUCGAUGCGCGGGCGCACUCGGCGUGAUCUACUCUCUCACGCGCCGCCCGCCCGGACACCGCCGUCCAGUAAAAAUAACUAACCAAGAUGACGGUGAAGAAGCGACCUUCAGACCUGACGAGCCUGGAACGGUUCAACCUGUACUACAGGGAGAAGGAGGACCCCAUGCCCACCAGUGAGAAGUUCAAGCGGUACAUAUGGAAUCCGAAGACCAAGGAGUUCUGUGGCAGGUCCGCUUCCAGCUGGUCUAAGAUCGCGCUCUUCUACUUCAUCUUCUACGUGGCUCUGGCGCUCCUGGUGGCCUUCUGCAUGUGGACGUUUCUGCAGCGGCUGGACUCACGGGAGCCCAUGUGGCAGCUGGACGAGAGCAUCAUCGGCACCAACCCCGGGCUCGGCUUCCGGCCCACGCCGCCAGAGGUCGCCAGCAGCGUCAUCUGGUAUAAAGGCAACGACCCCAACAGCCAACAAUUCUGGGUGCAAGAAACCUCCAACUUUCUAACCGCGUACAAACGAGACGGUAAGAAAGCUGGAGCAGGCCAGAACAUCCACAACUGUGAUUUCAAACUGCCUCCUCCGGCCGGUAAGGUGUGUGACGUGGACAUCAGCGCCUGGAGUCCCUGUGUAGAGGACAAGCACUUUGGAUACCACAAGUCCACGCCCUGCAUCUUCCUCAAACUCAACAAGAUCUUCGGCUGGAGGCCGCACUUCUACAACAGCUCCGACAGCCUGCCCACUGACAUGCCCGACGACUUGAAGGAGCACAUCAGGAAUAUGACAGCGUACGAUAAGAAUUAUCUAAACAUGGUAUGGGUGUCGUGCCAGGGCGAGAACCCGGCUGACAGGGAGAAUAUCGGUCCCAUCCAAUACAUGCCGUACCGGGGAUUCCCCGGCUACUACUUCCCCUACACCAACCAGGAGGGCUACCUGAGCCCGCUCGUCGCCGUCAAUCUACAAAGACCCAAAACGGGACUGUUGAUCAACAUGGAGUGCCGUGCGUGGGCGCACAACAUCAAGUACGACCGUCACGAGGGCAUGGGAUCCGUGCAUAUUGAGAUCAUGAUCGAAUAGCUCACAAUAAACUAGCCUAGGAAUUAAAUGACCAAAGAAAAAAAAACAAAUUGCAUAUUAACGUGAGUCGAUUCUAGUUCAACCACUCUUUAACGAAGACCCGAAAGGUCUAUAAAUAAUUAUCACCUUUCCUUUUUCUCUUUAGAUUUGUAAAGAAACUAGUAAAAUAAUUGAAAUAAUAUCAUGUCAAAGGGUUUGCUUCACCACUGUAAGUAUUAUCAUUUAACCUAUCGAUGAUAAGAAAGUGAUUAUCGGUUCCCUCCAAAUAAAAUAAAAUUAUAGAAUG